GCUUUAGAAUCGAUUGGAAAUUUGGUUUACAGCUGAGAACAUACUCUCUGAUUCAAACAAUAUCUGAUUCGUUAAAGUUGCAUCGUAACAUACUUUUUUAUUCAAAUACCAUUAUCAUCAAAGGUUCAUCAUUGGGUUUUCCAAAAAUUAUACUAUUCAAGUUGUAAAUAGGAAAUGAAUUGUCUUAUCAAGCACAUAAUAUGGCUCCUUGACUACCUGUUCUUACUGUCUAUGAAUAUCUGCAGUUUCAGUUCAUGUUGUACUCGACAGACAUGAGGAUUAGAGCUUUCCUGAAGGAAUUAUACUACACCAGUUUCCCUGUGGUAGCAUUCCUUCAUCAGUCCAAUUACAGUUACAUUUACAUGCUAUGCUUCUGCAGAUAGCAUGCAAGGACUUCCUUCCCUCACUCGCGCCAUUCAUGUUCUGAGAUGCCCUUCAGUACCACUUCUCAUGCGAAGCAUUGCAGCAUGUGCUACUGUUUUGUAUGUGAUGCUCCAGCUCCAUGCAAGUACUGGGGCAAAGGGCUCUUGAAUGAUGAUCAUUGCCAUGCCACUGACAAGGAAACAAAGUGGAAAGUACUGAGGCAAACAUUUAAGUGCAAAAGUGUGCCAGCAUCUUAUCCAGAGGAACGCCCGAGUGUUGUGUACCCAACAAGGCCAUCCCCCAGACAUCAGGAAUAUUACGAGGAGUACACACCAGAGGAGUACUUCGAGCCGGACGAGGAGGCCACGGUGUGCAUUGGGAAUCUACCGUAUGACAUUGACAAGAAGGACCUUGCCCUGCUCUUCAAGGAUGUCGGCAUUGUCAUGUUCUCGGAGAUCAUUUAUGACAGGGAAACAGGCGAGAGCCGUGGAUAUGGGUUUCUCACCAUGAGUACUGCUGAGGAGGCCAAGAAGGCUGUGGAGAUGUACAAUCGCCGUGAGAUGGACGGUAGGCCCCUGACUGUGUACAAGACAGCUGCUACCAGAGGUGCCCGGACAGAAGAAACACCGUCUCCCCAUCCCAGUCGACCAGUGUCUUCUUCAUUCAAGAUCUAUGUGGACAAUCUUCCCUGGAAAGUGAGCAACUCAAACCUGAAGCAGCUGUUCAGUGACUAUGGUGAAGUGGUCGGUGCCAAAGUUGUUUACCACCACGGAAGAGAUGCCGGGCGCCCCCCGUUUGGAUUCGUCACGUUGGCGACGCGGCAGGAAUCGGAGAACGCCAUUUGGCACCUCAACAAGCAGGUCAGUCGGUUUGGUGGGGACGCAAACUGCGAGUGCAAGUCGCAAGAGAGGAAGGGACACGGUGAGGGUUUUAGGUGCUGGGCUUUGCAGGUUUAGGUAGGAGCAUCAUAGCACCCGUGAUACUGGUCUAGAUUCAGAGCCUCCAUCAGCUUUCUUGCCGUGCUUCUCCUUUUGCAUUUAGUGUUACUACCCCUGUAACAGACGAGUAGAAAUCAUAAGAAUUCUGCUUGGUUUCAGACCUACAGUACUACCUCCUCUGUCUUUUUAGUGUUAGAUACAUCUGUAUCUUACAAAUCUAAGACAACUAAUUUAGGACGGAUGUAGUAUUUCAUAAAAACCUGUAAUUUUAAUCAUGUUGCCUACUGUA